AUGUCCGAGCCGUCCUCCGCGGCGGAGCCGGCCGGCGCCGACCCGGAGCUGCUGGCCCCGGACGCCGGCCAGAGGCCGCUGGGUCCCACGCCCAGCCAGAGCCGCUUCCAGGUGGACAUCGUGGCGGAGGCUGCGGGAGCCUCCGCCGACAAGUCCCCGGGCUCCGACAGCUCCGCCGCGGCCGCCGGGGGCUCCGACCCCGGGGCGGGCGGAGAGGAGGCCAAAGGCCGGUUCCGCGUGGUGAACUUCGCGGAUCCCAGCGGCUCCGGGAGCGCGGCCUCCCCGGACGCGGCGCCCCAGGAGGGGCUCCAGAACGGGGACACGGUGAUGAGCGAGACCAGCCUGCACUCGUCCACGGGGGGCCAGCACCACUACCACUACGACACCCACACCAACACCUACUACCUGCGGACCUUUGGCCACAACACCAUCGACGCCGUGCCCAACAUUGACUUCUACCGGCAGACGGCGGCGCCCCUGGGGGAGAAACUCAUCAGACCCACCCUGUCGGAGCUCCACGACGAGCUGGACAAGGAGCCGUUUGAGGACGGCUUUGCCAACGGCGAUGAGCUGACCCCCGCUGAGGAGGCUGCUGCCAAGGAGGCGGCCGAGUCCAAAGGAGUGGUCAAGUUUGGCUGGAUAAAGGGGGUGCUGGUCCGCUGCAUGUUGAACAUUUGGGGGGUGAUGCUUUUCAUCCGCAUGACAUGGAUUGUGGGUCAGGCUGGGAUUGCUCUGGCCUGCGUGAUUGUCGGCAUGGCGACCGUGGUGACUACCAUCACCGGCCUCUCCACUUCAGCCAUCGCCACAAACGGAUUUGUUCGAGGAGGUGGGGCGUAUUACCUGAUAUCCAGGAGUUUGGGGCCAGAGUUUGGGGGCUCCAUCGGGCUGAUCUUUGCCUUCGCUAACGCGGUGGCUGUGGCCAUGUAUGUGGUGGGCUUCGCCGAGACGGUCGUAGAACUUCUCGAUGGUGCAGGUGCCGUCAUGACGGAUGAAAUCAACGAUAUCCGGAUCAUCGGGACCAUCACCGUGAUCCUUCUGCUGGGCAUCUCGGUGGCUGGGAUGGAAUGGGAAGCCAAGGCCCAGAUCUUCCUGCUCUUCGUCCUCAUCACAGCCAUCAUCAACUACUUCAUUGGAUCCUUCAUCCCCGUCAAAUCAAAGGAGGCUUCGGGCUUCCUGGGUUAUGAUGCGUCCAUCAUGUGGGAGAACAUGGGGCCGGACUUUCGAGGAGAGACGUUCUUCUCUGUCUUCGCCAUCUUCUUUCCUGCGGCCACCGGCAUCCUGGCUGGGGCCAACAUUUCUGGAGACCUUGCUUUCGCCUCAAACUGCACCGACGCCGCCUGCAAGUUCGGCUUCGACUUCUCCUCCUGCAAGAGCGAUCCUCAGGGCUGCCGAUACGGACUCCACAACGACUUCCAGGUGAUGAGCCUGGUCUCAGGGUUUGGGCCCAUCAUCUCAGCCGGGAUCUUCUCUGCCACCCUGUCCUCGGCCCUGGCCUCUCUAGACAACAUCUACCCCGGGCUGGGGAUGUUUGCCAAAGGCUACGGGAAGAACAACGAGCCCCUCCGAGGCUACAUCCUGACCUUUGGGAUUGCUCUGGCCUUCAUCCUCAUCGCCGAGCUGAACACCAUCGCACCCAUCAUCUCCAACUUCUUCCUGGCCUCCUACGCCCUCAUCAACUUCUCAGUGUUCCACGCUUCGCUGGCCAACUCCCCAGGUUGGAGGCCCAGCUUCAAGUACUACAACAUGUGGGUGUCUCUGGCCGGAGCCAUCCUGUGCUGCGUGGUGAUGUUUGUCAUCAACUGGGCCGCAGCCCUGCUCACCAACGUCAUCGUCAUGGGCCUCUACAUCUACGUCAGCUACAAGAAGCCGGGUGAGUGGCACCAGGAACGGCAGAGCAAAAGUAGAGCAGAGCACUCCACAAACAACCCGGCUAACUCCCCCGUGUCUCCGUCCAGAUGUGAACUGGGGCUCAAUGUGGGGCUGCUGAUCUGUGGCCACGUCCGCACGUCCCGCUUCCAGCGCUGGCUGCUGAAGUACGAGACCAAGGCCUUCUACACGCCCGUGUUCGCUGAGGACCUGAGGCAGGGCUCCCAGUACCUGCUGCAGGCCGCUGGUCUGGGUCGCCUAAAGCCCAACACGCUGGUUCUGGGCUUCAAGAAUGACUGGAGGGACGGAGACAUGAUGAACGUGGAGACUUACAUCAGUAUGAUC